AUGUGGGGCUUCGGGCCUGUGCCAGCUGAGAGCGCCGCGCAGCGCAAGGACCCACGCUGGGCUGAGGCUCGCCCUGCCGGUUUGGAGAUCAGAGGGGCCGGCGGUUUGCUGGGCGAUCACUGGACCAAUGGCAUUUACGAGUUGGAGGCGUCCGAUGCCGAUGCGCCGCCGGUCUACGCGUUGCGCGCGGGGCCCUUCGAGCGGUUCCUCUACUGGGACACAGAGCAGUACUGGCGUUUGGGCAGCUGUGAGUACAAGGAUCAGGCCAAAGCCUCUGCUGGCUCCAUGCGCAGCGCCGAGCAGGUCCCUCCGGGCACUCCGCCUACCGCGGUCGCGGCUUGGAUGGUCCGGGUGGGCUUCGACGUGUGGAUGCCGCAGGAGGUCAUCAUCAAACGCCUGGGCCAAAACGGCUAUUCCGCCGGCUAG